GGCGGCGGCCGCCAUGGGUCACCACAUAAUGCGUCAGCAGGCUUCACAGGACCGCUGCAGUCGCCGCGGUGGGGAUUUACGAGGCGUCCUUGAACACAGCAGCAGCCCGUUCGCGGUGAGGCAGCGAUCGGAAGGAGCGGCGGAGGGGGGGCGCGUGACUCUCAGGUGUUUGGACAACACGCGGCUGUGCGUGCAGCUCCAAUGUUACGACCUCAUGUGACUGCCUGAUAAGACAGUUUAAAGCAGCCACAAAGUCCAAACAGAGGAAGACUUAUGACUGGAGAGUCAGUGUGGGGAAGCUGAGCAGACCUUCUCACUUAGAGACGGAAAAUUACUGCUGACAUCGACUGACGAGACUAUUACACUAUUAAACCUCAGCUGUAAAAGCACGCUGGAGUGAAUCAUCGGUUUACUGAAGGAGCCGUUUACAGGCAGACCAUGGUCCAGUGAGAGUCAGGGAUCCCAGCCAUGAGUCAGAGGAACCCCUCUUUGUGGACUCGUCUCCCUCCGAGAAGCAGCCGGUCCCCGUGCGACCGCUACAAGCACGCCUGCUGCAGCCACAGCGGAAACGUCUACGUCCUGGGGGGCAGAGAGAGCAGCUGCCUGAGGGACUUCUGGAGGUACAGCGUGGUGCUUGAUGAAUGGACCGAGUUGAACUGCACCGGUGAAGCUGCACCAGAGGAGCUGGAGGGACACACUAUGGUGGCUCAUGAGGGUUUCCUGUACGUGUUUGGAGGCCUGUUGGACUCGGCGUACUCCGCGUGCAGAUGUGCUCUCUGGGUGUUCGACAUCGCGAAGCAGAAAUGGGUGCGGCGGCAGGAGAAGAGCUCACUUCAGAAACUAACGCCGACCAACAGGAAGAGCCACAGUGCGGUGGUGCUCGGCUCUGCCAUGCUGAUGUACGGAGGUUUCGUAGACAUGAAAGGCACCUCGCCGGAUUUCUGGAGUUUGGACUUCGAUACCAUGGCUUGGUCCCUGCUGAGUGGCUCUCAGCAGGACUCAUUAGGCCCAGGCCCCAGACACAGCCACUCGGCCGCAGCCUAUCAGGGCUGCAUGUACCUGUUCGGAGGCUUAAAAGGUUUGCGGGAGCAGAGAGACUUCUGGAAGUGGAGUUCCAGCAGCCACACGUGGAGUUCACUCAGGUACGGCCCUCCCAAACUCAUGGGACACUCUGCUGUCACCUAUAAAGACUCUAUGCUCAUUUUUGGUGGUGGUGAGACCCAGGACUGUCCAAAGAACUGCCUGUGGAUGUACAGCUUCAUCACUCAGACCUGGGUGCAGCUCACCACCCUCCCGGGGUCCAGUCCCCCGGACAAGAUCCACCACUGCUGCACUGGUCUGGGUCUCAGCUACAAACCCAGCAGCACCAGCAGCAGCUUCUGCUGUGACUCAGGACUCCGGCCCAGGGUAAUGGAAGGGAAACUCAGGCCCUUUAAGAACAAGUGCGUCCCGGUCCCGCGCACCUUCCUGGAGUCAGAUGGUGCUAUAGAGCUGAAGAGUUUCGCCCCAGAUAAGUGCUUGGACAGAAAAGGCGUGAGAUGUUGUUCAGAACCGCAGAGCAGCAGAGAGGCCUUUAUGGAGAUGGGUGCUCAGAAGACUGGAAGCUGCUUGACAUUUGAGAACAAAGCAUUCAGGAAAACGUGGAGCUGCUCAGAGGAGGUGCUGGAGGACGAGGAUGGAGACAUCGCCCGGCAUCUGCCCGACCUGCUGCUGGUGCUCGGUGGAAAACCGUGCACCAAAACCAGCCCCAUCUCCAUGUGGCAGGUGACCCUGAUUGACUGAUGACCGCCAGCCUGCAAUGAACUGAUAUGUGUGAGACGCAUGUUUGAAAAGAUUUACUGACUUUCUGUGAAAAUAACCUGAAAUAUUUUUAUACUUUUGUGGAGUUUCAGUGUUUUGAAUGUAUUUUUUGCAGCACUCAAAUAAAU